CAUUUUUUAAAGGUGAUCGUUGUAAAUGACCUGUGUGUGUGAGAGAGAAUGAGGGAUAGGGACGGGAGGAUUUCGUGGCUCUACGCGUGAUGAUGGGGAUUCCACCAGUAUGGGCGCUUGGCGCUGGCCAGACUGGAUGAGGAAGUGAGGCUGGGAGAGAGAAGUCUGCAGAGAGACAACGGCUACCUGGGACUGCGACAGGAGAGGACCUUUGGGCAGGUUCCUGCAGCUUGUGUCAGGGUGGAGUUACCUGACCCAUGGAGAAUUACUUCCAGGCAGAGGCCUUCAACCUGGACAAGGUGCUGGACGACUUUGAACAGAAUCAAGAUAAUGAGACAGACAGUCCCACUCUGUCUGAUGCUAAGUGGAGUCAGAUCCUCUCCCCUCCGACCCACUUCCUGUCUCUGAACCCUGCUCUGGCUUUGACACCUGACCCCAGGGACGGGGACUGUCCCCUCCCCUUCAAGACCCUCCCGGCCCCCGACCCGUCCUCUAGCGACUUCCAGGGGCCUGACUCCAAACGCCACCCCACUGCCAAGCCUCCUUCCUGGGGAGAGGAGAGGCCAGGCCGCACUGCGGACGUCCACAGCCCUCCGCUCCCCCAACCCAACAUCGGCAAGCUGGUGGGGGGUGAGGAGGGCUUGUCUCCCCCUGUGCCGGCUUCCUCUAGCCCCCCUCCUUACCACCACAACCACCCGGCCCUGGAGAACGGCUUCACCUCUACCAGCCCUGCUCUCAACGGGCUCAGUGAGGAACCCUGCAAGGGGACCCCUUCAAACCACCACCAGCUGCCUGCCUCCUUUGACCCACGUCCUGAUGCCCCUGUGGGGGGUAGGGAGGGGGAGAGGAGCGGUGGAAGCUCUCACAUUAGUCAUUCACACUUUACCUAUGAGGAGAGACUGGGAGGGGACAGACAGGUGGCAGACAGACAGGUGGCAGUAGAGGAGUCGAACCCCCGGUUGGAGCCAGAGAGCGCUUGGACUGGGUCACCCAUACAGGAGAGGGACGGAGAGGAGGCUGACAUGGCUGGGGGACAGUCACAGGACACUGGGGAGAGAGGACAGAAUGGAGGAUGGAGAGGGGGAACACCGGGAGAAGACUCUGGGGGGAAGGUACAGAAUGGAGGAUGGAGAGGGGGAACACUGGGGGAAGACUCUGGGGGGAACGUACAGAAUGGAGGGGUGAUGGAAGAACUGAGAGGGAGGAGAAAGGAGUGUAGGAAGUCUUCUCAGAAGGAGAAGAGGUUGAACGGAGAGCUGGAGAAGAAUGGAGGUCAGAACGGAGAGAUGGCUCUCACCAACGGCCUGGCUACCGCAGGGGAAGACGAGGAGAGAGGGUCUCUCACCCCUCCCCCCUCCAAGGAGGACUCCGUAACAGAAGAGAAGGAGAUGGAGGAGAGCAAGCAAGAGAACGAAGGAAGUGGAGAAAGAGGUGGUAGCUAUUUACCCAAGAAACUGAACAACAGUGGUUUGCAGCCGGUGAGCUUACCGUUCGGCGGGGCACGUCCUAAACAACCAGUCGGUCUCAAACUUCAGAUCCCCCGGCCCGUAUACGAACAGGUCCAGAACCAGCUAGCACCUUCUGCUAACACCGCCGGCAGCAUUACCGGUGGCGGAAAGAACAGGAACUUUGAGAACCGUGGCAGUGCCGUAGUCAUGGAUACGGGAACUGUAGUUGCCUUGGGCGACCCUGGUGGUGGUGGUGGUGUUGUGAAGGUGGAGUUGCUAACCGGGGAGUCGCCGUCGUCGUCGGGCCUGGUGGAGGUGUCAGAGAGCAGCCCGGAUAAUGACUUCCAGGCAGGGCAGCAUCACCAGGGGGCUCUGCCCAGGAAACAGCUCUCCUCCCUGGGGGAGGUAGCCCCCGUGUGGGUCCCUGACUCCCAGGCUCCAGUCUGUAUGAAGUGUGAGGUCCGCUUCACCUUCACCAAGAGGAGGCAUCACUGCAGGGCCUGUGGAAAGGUGUUCUGUGCUGCCUGCUGCAGCCUGAGGAGCAGACUAAUCUACAUGGACAGGAAGGAGGCCAGAGUCUGUAUCACCUGUCACUCUGCCCUACUGAGUGCUCAUUCGAGGGAGGGUAUGUGUGACGGGUCUAACCAGAGUCCUAACCCCAACAACCCAGCAGAGUACUGCAGUACCAUCCCACCUCUGCAGCAGGUCCAAGCCUCAGGGGCGCUGGCCUCCCUUCCCCCCACUGUCAUGGUCCCUGUGGCAGUCCCUAAAACACCCAGCUCAGAGGGGUCUCUCGCGCGGGAGCAGAGGAGGGUGUGCUUUGCAGACGGGAUCCUACCCAAUGGGGAAGUAGCGGAAUCCCCCAAGCCCCCUGCUACAAGCCCCGCUCCCUCUCGUCCAUUGGCCGUCUCGCAGUGUUCCAACAAAUCCUCCGCUGCUGAUUCGUCAGAGGCGUUGUCCCCGGCUCCUGCAUCCCCAGUGGGAAGCCCUGUAGGCAGCUCCAUCAGUCUAAUUCCGGAGGACGGACUUCCUCCCAUCCUCAUCUCCACCGGAGUUAAAGGAGGUACGGGAGGCCACAGCACAGACUAUGCGGUGGAGGAGCGUCCCUGUGAGACCGUUCUGAUGCAGCAGCUGGAGGAGGGAGGUCCUGACCCGUUGGUGUUUGUGCUCAACGCUAACCUGCUGGCCAUGGUCAAACUGGUCAACUACGUAAACAGGAAGUGUUGGUAUGUGACCAGUAAGGGGAUGCAUGCAGUGGGCCAGGCUGAGGUGGUGGUGCUGCUGCAGUGUCUGCCUGACGAGAAGAGCAUCCCCAAAGACCUCUUCAGCCACUUCGUACAGCUCUACCAGGAGGCCCUCACAGGUAAUGUUCUGACCCACCUGGGCCACUCGUUCUUCACCCAGAGUUUCCUGGGCAGCAGGGAGCAUGGAGGGUUCCUCUACGUUAGCCCGUCCUUCCAGUCCCUCCAGGACCUGAUGCUCCCCAACCCCCCCUACCUGUUUGGGGUGUUACUGCAGAAGUGGGAGACCCCCUGGGCCAAAGUGUUCCCCAUCAGACUCAUGUUCCGGCUGGGUGCAGAGUACAGAUUCUACCCCUGCCCUCUGUUCAGUGUGCGGUUCAGAAAACCCCUGUUUGGAGAGACCGGCCACACCAUCAUGAACCUGCUAGCAGACUUGCGUAACUACCAGUACACGUUGUCCAUGGUAAAGGGUCUGGUGGUGGACAUGGAGGUGAAGAAGACCUGCAUCAAGAUCCCCAGCAACCGAUACAACGAGCUAAUGAAGGCUAUGAACAAGUCCAAUGAGCACGUCUUGGCCAUGGGGGCGUGUUUCAACGAGCGGGCCGACUCCCACCUGGUGUGUGUUCAGAACGAUGACGGAAACUACCAGACACAGGCCAUCAGCAUUCACCAUCAACCACGCAAAGUGACCGGAGCCUGCUUCUUCGUGUUCAGUGGUUCUCUGAAGGCAGGACACCUGGCCAAGACCAGCAUCGUUGAAGACGGUGUGAUGGUGCAGAUCACAGGAGAGACUAUGGACGCUCUACGGCAAGCCCUGAGGGACAUGAAGGACUUCAGUAUCACCUGUGGCCUGGUCGACCAGGAGGACGGCCAGGAGCAUGUUCACAUACAGUGGAUAGAAGAUGACAUCAACUUCAACAAGGGAGUGAUCAGUCCUAUCGAUGGGAAGUCUAUGGAGUCCAUCACUAGUGUGAAGAUCUUCCAAGGGUCAGAGUUCAAGGCCAACGGGAAGGUCAUCCGCUGGACAGAGGUGUUCUACCUCCAGAGUGAUGACCAGGCUCAGCCCAACGGUCUGAGUGACCCUGCUGAUCACAGCCGCUUGACGGAGAACGUGGCGAGGGCGUUCUGUGUGGCGCUGUGCCCGCACCUGAAACUGUUGAAGGAGGAUGGCAUGGCCAAGCUGAGCCUACGGGUCACCCUCGACUCAGAGCAGGUGGGUUACCUGGCGGGCAGUAACGGCCAGCCUCUCCUCCCCCAUUACCUGAGUGACCUGGAUAGUACCCUGAUCCCUGUCAUCCACAGCGGGGCGUGUCAACUCAGUGAGGGCCCUGUCAUCAUGGAGCUGGUUUUCUACAUCCUGGAGAUUAUUUCCUAGGAGACGGAUGCAACGGACCCCCCCCCUGUCUCCUGGUUCUCCC